UCUAAGGUGGAUUCCUUUCGGGUUUUAUGAUGUGCGUGUAAAUGUAAAAAGAGUAUGAACCCUCGCGCACAAACUCCUAUGCACCACAAAGACUGACAAACUAACGCUGGACAGGCAAGACCCAGGGCAGCCAUAGUACUCAACGAUGAAUUUCCAAAAUCUUGGCGCUCAUUUCCAUACAUCAUCUAAGGAGAAUUUGCUCGCAAGCAUAUCCCAGACGAACUGUGUCGGUAAUUUACUAGUAACAUCACGCGAGACUUCCAAGGUUUUGAAUUUUUUGACACCAUUUGGGGUGUUGAAAGAAACAGGUGGGUUUGAUCGAAGCGUUUUGAUUGAUCAAGUUUCCCUGAAAGAUGAAUUUUUGAAUACAAUACAGGCGUACACCUCACUUACAGUUAUUGUAUCCAAUGAGAAUACCGGCAUUAAGCAAUUGAAGAAGUUUUGGUCAUGGAUUGAUCACCAAAAGCUUUCGAAUAUCAACAUAAUUGUUCAAAACCUAAAUGCCUCAUUUUACUAUCAGAUACUACGAAGCAUGCUCAAUUACUCCGAAGACAUACUUGAGAAAUGCUCAAAAUUUGAUCCCAAGACUUCAACUAUCCGUUUGUCUGCCAAGUGUAGACUCUUUUCAUGGAAAAUUUAUCCUUUUCUCAUUCAUGACAACAUUUUUUCGAUCAAUAUGGAGGAUGGUGGUCUUUCAGCAUAUCUUGAAAACCCUCUUAAGAUUGUUUCCAGUCUUAAUGACUUAUUCAUGGAUAUUUUAUCUGAGACUACGGCUCGCAAGGAUAUCAUCAAAAUAAAAAACAUAUUCGCAAAGGGUGACCAUUCUAGUCUCUUGAUAAAAACUUUGGUUGAGGAAAGCAUCCCAGAGUUUUUGUCUACAAAACUCACGAUCAAUGAACAAGAGUUUUACUCGAAGAAGCAAUCAGGAAAUACGGAUUUGAUAGUUCUAGAGAGAAAUCUUGACUAUUUUCCUCUUGUUCUCAGCCACACAAACUAUAUGGGUCUAUUGGAUGAUCUUUUUGGAACGGACGAUGAGCUUAAUAAUAUUCUUUCGACAAAAGACAAGUUGGACGAUGAACUUUUUCAUAAUCUAAAGCAUCUUAAUUUUGCAUCAAUUGGGGUGAAACUAAACAAGCUUGCCAAAUACAUACAACUGGAGUUUGAGCAAAAUGGCAAGGCAAACGACUUGGCAGAGAUCAAGCAGCUAGUAAAGAACCUUGGAAACCUAAGCUCGAAACAGGACAUGAUUCGCAAACAUACUCAUUUGAGUGAGACAAUGCUCCAGCUUAUAAAGUGUAACAAGGACGGAACUCAAAAAUUCAAUGCACAUGAGUUGUGGUAUGAGCUUCAAAACGAGGUUUUUGAUCUUGAUUACAAGCAACAAGUAAAAAAAGUGCACUCGAUGAUGGAACAAUCGUUCCCUUUCGAGAUCGUCAUGAGUCUAGUUGUGUUGACAUCCCUUAUCAAUGACGGUUGGCGCCAACACGACAUGGAUGUAAUUCUUAUUUCCAUACAACUGAAUUUUGGCUUGAAGGGUGCUUUAACAUUGAGAAAGCUUUUGGAUUAUAAAAUCAUAAAAGUUCACACAAAAGGGACUGAUUUUUUCGGAGCAUUUACCUUCGGGAAAACAGAAAUUGAAACAACAACUGCAUCGACUCUCGCCACAACUGCAGGCAAUAAUCCUGUGACGGCAGAUGCGAUAAGCUAUGAAGAUUCAUCAAUUGUUGGAAUAUCAAGUGGUCAAGAUGUGUAUAAAAGCACGUAUACUUUGAUCAGCAAAUUCUGGAACUUGCACCCUUUAGAAGAGGAAGACACUGACAGCUCUGCCGUGGAAACUGUCUUCGACUAUAAACAGCCAUCAUUCACACUUCCUUCCGCGACAGUACCGCUCAUCACCCGAAUUGUUGAACUGCUUUACUUCCGAGAGUUUUUGAAGUAUAAACCAGUGAAUAAUGUUCUGAAGCGACCCAACUGGCAUAAUCUCAACAUCGAUACGAUGUUUAAAGGCCAGACUAUUGACAAAAAUGUAUGUGAUAUGCUGGAGAAUCGAAAAGGAGCCAUGAAGGGAACUGAACAGCAUUACGUUAUAUUGGUUAUACUCGGCGGUAUCACCAGAAGCGAAAUUAGUGCCUUUCAAAAUCUACAAGGCAAGCUAGAUCGAAAAAUACUCGUCGUAACCACAGGUCUUGUGAGUAACAAGAAGUUCUGGCAAGUCAUUGAGUAGAAGCACAAUCUGCAUUUCGACACCAAGCUAAAUUCAAGUAAACUUUUAUUAAUGCAUAUACACAAAAGUGGGCAGCGAUACUCAGGCCUUUCAGACAGAAUCUUCGGCUUCUUUCUCGGCCUUCAACUUAGCGUAAAAGGCAUCUCUUUUUUGGACUAUAGGCAUGUGCUCGUAUCUCCAGUAGAGACCAGCCAGCAAGAAGCCAAUGCCGAAGCCAACGGAGAUAUCCGUUAUAAUUUUUUUUCUUAAAGUACCGGUAAUUGGAGCAAUGGCCAUU